GCAGUAGCAAAUUACAACAACCAUUCUUCAGCAAGACAAUGGAGAUCACAAAUUUGUUCUUCACACGUCGUGAAGAGUCCCUGCUUUCUGGGGACUACAAUACUUACCGUGCACAAACAUCUCGUCGUUUACAUACUGUGCGGAAGAGGCUUGGACGCACAACACCCAAGGGUCGAAAGUACAGUGCUGAAGCUCCUGUAACUUCUGAAGAUGUUGCAUCUAAUCCACAAGCCGCCCACCUACUCAUUCUGAGCGCUGAACGAGCAUGGGCCCAGGCAAUGCAUAUGAAAGCUGUCCACUCCGCUGACCCGUCAGCAAAAAGUGUAUUGGGACCUACGCGACGCCAUAUAAUUAGCAGGUUGACCAAAGCGUCUCGGUAUGCUGAAAGACUCGUGUCCAUUUUACAAGACCGUUCCUUCUCGGGCGCAUCAGAUAUCGAUCUUCUGGAGGCUCGUGGCUAUCUUGCUCUCUUGUUGGGUGGACUAUACAUGGAGAAACAGAAAUGGGAUCAGUGCCUUCAACAAUUCAGCAUGGCUCGAAUUGUAUACUCUGCUCUCAGUCAGAAAGAGAGAAAGGAAGCAUAUCGCGAAAUCAUAUCCGUCACAAUUGAUACUUCACUCCGGUACGCCGCAUACCAGCUCAAGAUUUCCCGCAAUAAGCCUUUGCCUUCACUCGCGAUUGAGAGGUUUCCAGGCGACAGUGAGGUUCGUGCUGAGCUGGAAAAAGCCGAUCCGAAUUGUCUGGUGGAGGACGCUGCGGGUACCACGAGACUGGCAGAUGGUGAAAUCGAACAGCUGCCAGAAACGAUCAGUUGGAGGUCACGCUCGGUACCUAUCGAAGAUGCAUCUAUAGCGCAAGCUCUUGCAGCUGCAGCUGCAGCCGAAUCCAAGCUUACUUCGUUCUUACAGGAGCGACCUACCACAUCUCCCAAGGAGAAGGCAGCCGCUUACGACAAUGUCAUCCUAGCCAGUCAAGAAGUUGUUGAUGCCACCAAAACGGCUAUCGAUGAUCUUGUCAAUGAGGGGGCUGAUAGGGGAGAUCGGAGAAUGCAGGCACUGCAAGUCACUCGGACUGCGGUCAAUUAUUCUCUUGUUAGCUGGAGAGUUGGUAGAAAUCGUGUUCUAAGCGGCGACCACGAUGGGCUAUUACUCGACGGUGAGCAUUUCAAGGCUGACGAGUGGCGAAAACGAGCGCGUCAAGAAAGCGGAGGCAAGAUUUUGUCGCAACUCCGUGAAAAGGUGGCACUAUACGAUUCUGUAUUGCAAAGUCUGGACUUUGUACAAGAAUUACCCGGUGUGGCGGGCGAUUUGGAAUUUGUUGAGGAACUGGAGCUGAAGCGUAACUACUUCAGGGCAUUGCGAUGCUUCGCUAUUGGCCGCUCUCAUUCCUUUCAAGAGAACACCAAGAAUGCUCUCGCUUUAUUCUCCCGGAGCAGCGAACUUGCCGCAACUAUCCAGAAAAGCGGCAAAGGUGUCACAGCAAAGGCUGGUCCACCAAGACUUGAUGUCUCGUCCGAGGAGAUCGAAUUUCUUGCUAUGACGUCUCAUGGGUUCGAAGCAAAAUACCGAGGUUUGGUUAGCCUUGACAGAUUAUCUGAAACGAAGCAGGAUCCUUCCCGCUUCCAGCUGCCUUUGAUUGAAAGAAUGGAUGAAUACGCAGUAGAAAACUUAGACCUCAGCAAGCUGGUUCCUUUCCCGCCGAAUAUGCGCGCAGUUCCUGUCAAGCCGCUCUUCUUGGACGUUGCAUGGAAUUAUAUUCAAUAUCCCCGCGAGAAAAUAGAACAAGCAGAGGCGCCAAGUAUGGAAGGACGCCGUGGCUGGUUUGGCUUUGGACGUUGAACAAGUCCGGAUACGCUGAUUCCAUAGCAUGAUAGCUGGUGUACAUUACUACGACUCCAUUUGGUUUUUGCAGUAUCAUAGCGAGAGCUCCCAAACAGCAACAAUAAUCAAGGAAAGACGUGCUGGAGCCUCGAUCAUAUGUGACACGUGCGAUCUAAUGGACCAUUCUCUUUUAGGACUAGCGGCAUGGGUUUUAUGCUUAAAAUCUGCAAGCUCUGAUAGGGCAAGCAUAUAUCAUGUGAUCCAGGUAGCCCUCGUCCGGAAGACCCGAUGCCGAAUCAGCCCAUCUUGCAUUCUUUUGAGCAAAUACAUCUCGUACUCUCUAUGAUAUAUUCUCUUUGAUAGAUGUACAGCAUGGG